UUUAGGUUAGUCAGCAUACGUCAUUCUGCUCGGUAUGGUCGAAGUUGUGAGCCUAAGCUCUAUCUGCGAACCCAUUUCAGUUUUUUGGGGCGAAUCAGUUGUUGAGGGCCAAGUCGAUUUCUCUCCUUGCUUUGAAGACACUGCCUUGCUGAUUAUUCCAUGCUUUUUUCUUUUCUUGAUUGCUUCCAUUCAGUUGUGUUUUGGUGACAACUCACUUAGACGCUCUGUCAUUCCUACAUCAAAACUGCACGUUAUCAAAUCUGAAUGUGCCAUGCUUCCUUUGUGUGGUCGAGGAUUAGUUCCUUUAUGUCGUACAUGGCAACCAGAGACAACGGACGAACAGCCAAUCUUAGGUGCGAAACUUUCUUGA